GCGGCGGCGGCGCUCUCGGCGCACGGCGAUGGUGGCGGCGACCGGCACACAGCGACUGACGGACACCCAGCGAAUAUGAUAUUAUUAUCGUCGUUAUAAUAUUAUUAUGCUUUUGGCCGCCGAAGAAAACGAGGAAAACGAUACGGACGUUAGCUUUGAGAUCGCACCGGAUGUAAGUAGUAUAUAUUGGUAACCAGUGAAGAGGUGGUGAGGGUCACGUGUCUAUACAACGUGGUACUGAAUUCAAAUAUCUAGUGUGGGUUUGGCUUAUUCUCGGUAUGAGUAUACUCAGCACCACUUCAUCAAAACUACCACCAAAGAAACAAUGCCAGCCCUAAAGACAUUUUAGAGCACAAUCACGUUCUUCUGCCAAAAUCGUGAACAAUAAUUCCAAUCAACGAAAACGGCACUAUAAGACUUAGUUGGUACUAUCCAUCCGCCAUCGAUGACAGCUGAUUCCGUAAAAUUAUCUAAACUUAUCCUCUCUCAGAAAUAAUCUCUCGCUCCCUCGUUGCCAAAUAAUUUUUCUUUGAGUAACUAUAUACUACAGGAAUAUAUAAACUGCAAUCCUGAAAUUUAAGUUAUAUAGUGACACGAAUCGAAUAAACAAGAAACAUGAAGCGGCAGAACGUGCGCACACUGUCCCUAGUAGUUUGCACAUUCACAUACUUGCUAGUAGGUGCUGCGGUAUUCGAUGCAUUAGAAUCGGAAACCGAGAGAAAAAGAUGGAAUCAUCUUCUAGAACUAAAAGCAGCGUUGGUGAGAAAAUACAGCAUAAGCGAAGAUGAUUACAGGAUGAUGGAGGUUGCCAUCAUCGAAAACAAACCUCACAAGGCUGGACCACAAUGGAAAUUUGCGGGCGCGUUUUAUUUCUCCACAGUCGUUUUGGCUAUGAUCGGUUAUGGGCACUCGACACCAGUGACAAUUGGUGGCAAAGCAUUUUGUAUGGCAUACGCUAUGGUGGGCAUACCAUUAGGACUUAUUAUGUUCCAGAGUAUUGGUGAACGUUUAAAUAAAUUUGCGUCCGUAGUAAUUAGGAGGGCCAAACAGUAUUUAAAAUGUAAAAAGGAAGAAGCCACGGAAAUGAAUCUAAUGUUCGCCACUGGACUACUGUCGUCGGUUAUCAUCACCACUGGUGCGGCCGUUUUUUCAAAAUACGAAGGAUGGAGCUAUUUCGAUAGUUUUUAUUAUUGCUUCGUCACGCUCACCACCAUUGGUUUCGGAGAUUACGUCGCACUACAGAACGAUCAAGCCUUGACGACAAUGCCGGGAUAUGUGGCACUUAGUUUGGUGUUCAUUUUGUUUGGACUCGCCGUUGUUGCCGCCAGCAUCAACUUGUUGGUACUGCGUUUCAUGACUAUGAACGCAGAGGAGGUGAGGCGCGAGGACAACGAGCUGCAAGGCGUGUCCCAGCACGUCAUCACCGUUGACGGCGAAGCGGUGACGUCCGUCAACGGAAAACUGUUGGCCGGACACACGGUCGGCCGGGACGCGGGUGACGACGUGGACCAGGUGUCCGUUUGCUCGUGCACGUGCGUGGGACCAGUGCAGUACGACUACAACCGGGACAUACGGCCGGCGGAAAGGGCGGCCGCAAACGCAGCGGCUGCGGCGGCCGUGGUCUACAACAGUCCGCCGACCGAACAGCCCCUGCUGUCCUUGAAGCGGGUGUCCAUAUAAAGGACAGGAGCGGGGGCGGAGAUUGAGGGUGGUUUUGGUGGAAGGUAUGACCAUAUUAUGUUAUAUUGUAAGGGCUGGGUCAGGGUGGCAGCGUGAUAUAUGAGAUUGUCUAGGGACGUAUUAUUGUUAUGAUUAUUAUUAUUUUUUUUAUAUUCACUCCCCCCCCUCACGAAAUAAAAUAUGGCCACAAGUCUAUGCCGUUACACGUUUCGUCCGAAAUAUAGGCGCAGGCAGAUUUAACAGCUGUACAGGAUCGUUCAGAAGUCUUCGUCCGAUUUCAAAAAUGAAUAUUUAUUUAACGAAUCAAGAUGCUAGGAUGAAUUGGUAUAUAGUAAAUAAUCGAGUUUCAAUAAAGUGUUUAAUAUUCAAUGUUAUGAUCUCACUCGUUAUAGGUUACCUACAUACACAUAAUAUACGAUAAGGUGUUUUUCUCAUACGUCUAUCUCGGCAGUAACCGACAACAGUUCACCAACAUUACAAACGCUCAUAAGAUGCUGUUAAUCGGCUACAAAAAUAAAAAGUUAACGAAAUAACCUCAGCUGUCGAAUCGUAACAAUAAUAGGUGACGCCUACCUGUGAUUUGUGUUUGCUGAGCCGUAGUCGGAUGAAGACUUUUGAUUCACUCUGUACAAUUAUACUCGAAUAUACAGAUCAUAUAGACAUUAGAUAUCAUAUAAUAUAUUAUAGUUGUUCUAUAUUAAUAACCGUACGCAUCUUACUGUCCUAUAGAUGAUACGGUUUAAAUCUUUACGAUCUACGGAUAGGUACCUACUCAAGUAGUACGCCUUGCCCUUGUUCAACACUAAAAUUCGCAUAUUAAAUAAAUUAUUAUAUAAUAUUACUUCCGAAGUUUGAGAGGUAGCGUUCACAUAUUUUGAGGUUCAGUAUCGUCUCCAUUCUGUGAGUUAACUGCGAUACACAUAAUACGAUACGACAGUUAAUAAAAUUAUGAUUCAAGUGUACGGAGUUGUUCGCCAGCGCUUUCGACGGGUUUAAAAAUGGAAAUUUCAACGACUUUUUAUAACUAAUAAAAAUCAAAAAAUAUUAUGUAGGUAACAAGAUUACACCUAAACUGACGAUGGCACCGGACCAGUUAUUAAAUUACUUGAUUCUUCCAACGAGAUUUUGACGCGAUUUGCAAUUUAAUGACGCGAAUAAAUUAAGUUAGACAUUGGACCGGUUGUGUAACAGCGACACACUGCUUUUCACCAGCGUAUUAUAAAACAUUAAUAUUGUUAAAUAUUGUAAAAUACCUACCAACCUAUGACCGUUUUAAAUUUUUUUUUUCAAAUAGCUACUUUGUUUGUGCACUAUUUUGUAGUAGGUACGUUAUUUCAUUAUCUAAAUAAUACCAAAAUUAAUUCAUUGAUUGUGAUUGUAUAACUUGCGUUUUACUUUUUAAAACCGAUAUGAAACGAUCUAAUAGCCAUUUUCCGUAGGUGCCUAUGUAUAUGUUUAUUCUGUAUAAAAUCAAGAGUACCUACCUAUAUUAGUAACAUCUUCUUUGGAAUAAUUUAUAUAAAAAAAUUAUUUGUCUGCGGAGGCUAUAGUGUCAUAAUAUAGUGAUCAGACUGUACUCUGCGUACUACACACACUUUAUAUUAUUCAUAAACGAUUUUCGUCCAUAUGACGGUCCCCAAGACAUUUAAAUAUCGUAUAAUUAUUUUUAAAGUUUCCUAUAUUUUGAUCCCGUUUUUUUGACUUUAAUACAGCGUAUUAUAAUAUUAUUAGUGGGGUCACGACGACGGUGACGACUUUACAUGUAGACAAUCCCAUUUAAACCACAUUCGAUUUUAUCCAAUUACAAUGCCAUAUAAACUGUAGCAGUUUUAAAUCCUCGGGUGUAAAAUUAAUCAAUCUCGUAUAUUACCGACCUACUUACAUUUUUGUUUUUCAUUUUAACCGAACAUAGUAAUUUCAUGAUAAUUUAUUAAAUAUCAUAAUAUGAAAACGUAAAUAUGUUAAAACGAAAUAUCAUUAUUUAUUGUUUAUAAGUUUUAAAUUGUAAUAAACGACAUAAUAUUAAUAUUAUUAUGUAUAGAUUUUGUAUUUUUUUUUUCAUGUUUUCGUUGUUAAUAUAAUAUGAUUAUCAAUAAUUAUUA